AUGACGGACUUCCAGAUUACAGAUUCAGAUCUCUCCCGGUCCAAGUUCGAGGGAAAGGUCGUUGUCAUCACAGGCGGUUCUUCAGGCAUCGGUCUCGCGACAGUUGAACUUCUUACAUCUCUCGGCGCAACAGUAGUCAGCGCGGACAUCCAACCCCCGCCCAAGGCUGGUUCAUUUGUGUUUGUCCAAACCGACGUGAGCCAGUGGAGCUCCCUCACUGCGCUCUUCCAAUCCGCAAUCGCCGCCCAUGGCCGCAUCGACUUUGUCUUCGCAAACGCCGGCAUCGGACCCCGUGCCAAUUACCUCGCGCUCGAGACCGACGCUGCGGGGGAGCUGCAAGAACCCAACAGGGCCACUUUGGACGUGAACCUGAACAGUGUGAUCAACACAGCGACGCUGGCCGUGCACUACAUGAAGAGCCAGAAGGAGGGCGGAAGCAUCGUGCUCAUGGGCUCCAGCACAAGCCUGCAUCCCGUGCGCGCGAUAGACUACGGUACGUCCCCAGCGUCUCCACCUGACCUCAUGCUUGGAGACCAAAACCUAACACAGCACCCAGCAACAGCGAAAUCCGGCGUCCUGGGCUUCGGCCGCGGCCUCUCCGUCCUGCUCUCCGCCGCCUCCCUCCCCAUCCGCGUCAACAGCCUCGCGCCCUCGUGGACCGCAACCCAAGUCCUGCCCGACCUAGCCGACCUGCUGAAAGCCGUCGACUACGACGCCCAGCCCACGGCCGUGGUCGCCAAGGCCGCAGCGUACCUGAUGGUGGACGGCAAGAGGCACGGCGACGUCGUGUUUGUGUGCGAGGGCAAGUUCAAGGAGAUUGAGAAGGCGAUUCUCGCGCCGGCGUACGACAAGGUGCGGGGCAGUGGGCCGAGCGACGAUGAGGUGCUGGCGCGCAUUUUCGCUUUGGCUGGUUGA